AUGUCAGAAAAAAAUAGAGAAUUAGUUACUAUCGAAUCCUUGGAUAAUGAAGAUGAGGAAAUCGUCACCAUUGACCUCGCGCAAGAGUCAAAGCUUGUGCAUAAGCUUGAUCGUACAGUACUUCCAAUUCUUGGGCUUCUUUACUUUAUGGCAGCAUUGGAUCGUUCCAAUAUUGGUAACUCCGCAGCAGCGGGACUUCAGGAAGCUAUUGGAUUGACUGCUGCUCAACUCUCAAACUGUGUUUCACUUUUUUACGUCACAUAUAUUAUUUCGGAGAUUCCUGCAACACUCCUUUUGCGUAAAUUCAAGCCGCAUCGAUUUCUCGCCGCAUUAGGAUUUAUGUGGGGUCUAGUUACUAUUGGUACAACUUUUGUUCUGGGAUACAGCUCAUUGCUUGUUUGUCGUUUACUUUUAGGACUUUUUGAAGGUGGGUAUUUCCCAUGCAUUAUGGUGUAUGUGUCCAUAUUUUAUAAACCAGAAGAACAAGCCCUUCGUAUGGGGUAUUUACUAUCUUGCGCCGGUGCCGCUGGAGCCUUUGGCGGGUUGAUUAGUUACGGAUUAGUCCAAGUUAACUCUACAAAUCCUUACCUACAAGGAUAUCGUCUUAUCUAUCUUGUCGAAGGUUUGAUCACUAUUUGUACAAUUCCAAUUGUAUAUUUCUAUCUUCCUGAUGACGAAAAUGUCAAAUUCUUCAAUGAAGCAGAGCAUGAGAUUAUGAGACUCCGUACCAUUCAACGUAAGCAGUAUAUGGGUAAUUCCAAGUUUGAAUGGAUAGAAAUCCGUAAGGCCUUCUCAGAUCCGAAAACUUAUUUCAGUAUGUUCAUUCAAUUCUUUCUGGAUAUUGUUUUGUAUGGAUUUCUGACCUUCCUCCCUUCAAUUCUCAGGUCAGGUUUGGGGUACCUGAUUACUCAAGCUCAAUAUUUGACCAUCCCUGUGUAUAUUCUGGCAAUUAUAUCCACUUUAUGUACCUCUAGGGCAAGUGAUUAUUUGAAGAUACGUGGUCCCUUUAUUGCUGGUGCAAACGUUCUGGCAGCAAUUGGUUAUAUUAUUCUUCUUACUGCUAACAAUAACGCAGUGAAAUAUUUUGCAACCUAUCUCAUUGCAUUAUCCUUGUACGUCCAUGCGGGGAUUAAUCUUGCUUGGACGGCAAAUAAUUCUCUGCCAUACUAUAGGAGAACGUGUUCCAUAGGAUCCAACCAAGCAUUAGGGAAUAUUCUGGGUGCCAUUGCAGGACAAAUAUACCGUAAGUCACCAUAUCUUCUUGGUCAUUCAUUUUCUUUGGGGUGUGUAUGUGCUCUGACAAUAUGUGUAGUCCUCAAUACUCUUUGGCUCCAAAGGCAAAAUCGUGUUAAACAGAAAAUUCUUUGUGGAGAAAGAACAGAUAAGAUGAAAGAGAGAACAGGUGAUCACAAUUUGGACUUUAAGUACUGUUACUAA